CGUCAGCUCACUCACGUCUCCUGCAAUUUUACCUUUUCUGCAUUUUUUUUUUGUUUUUCCUUUCUUGUUGCAACAGAUUGUGGGAGGCAGCAUCAGUGGCUCCACUUUGAGGCUUGUCAAGGCUCAGCGCACGCACACAAACACACACUCACAACCCAGAGCAAAAACAUUUGCUCUCACCUGUCUCCAAGCCCAAAGCAAACCUCCCGUCCAAGCAAAGUGCCAACACUUGGAACGAGAAGGCACCCGAGCCAGAAUCUAAUGUAAAGGGAAAAAAUUCAGUGUACACUGGCAACUUUUCUCUAAAAAGCAAGUGGCAAAAAGGAAGGAAAGGAGCAUUUUAAGAAGAGGACAACUUAAGGAAGAAGAUUUCAUUAUUUGGAUUUCACACCAAACUUUGGAAAAGUUUUUUUUUUUUUUCCUUUUAGUUACUAUUCUGUGCACCUUCUUCUAAGAACAUUGAGACAUUGUUACCUGCAUGUAAAAGCUUUUACAGAUACACAUUUUUUUUUUAAAGGGAAGAAAACCAAGAGGAAGAAUAGCAUGUGGACCACCUAGCCAAAGGCACCACUGAAGCAUCCCUUGCGGCAAGGGGGACCCGGACUCCGGAUGUGUAUAAUUCCGAGGGACUGCAUUUUUUUCCCACCGGGCUUAUGAGAUAGCGCAGAGGCAGACAAAUCACCGAGAAUUACUUCGGUCUCCUCUCACCACCACCACCACCACCACCACCUCCACGUCCUCUUCCAAGGGUUACUGCGACUCUCCCACCUCCUCCCGGCUCGCAGGGGACAUGGGAACGCGCAGCGCCCUCGAUGCCUGAGGCCGGGCGGCCGCGGGGCUGUCUGCGGGAAGCGCUUCCCUCCCGGGGCUCGCCGUCCAUGUGCCCGCAGCCGGCGGGGCCUGGAGUCGGGAUGAAUUUCGGCGUGGUGUUCGCGUUCAUCCUCUCGCUGCCCCUGGCCCGCAUGGAGGGGGACCCCAUACCCGAAGACAUUUAUGAGAUUUUGGGUGGCAGCUCAGUGCGCUCCAUCAGUGACCUCCAGCGUGCCCUGCGGACAGACUCCGUAGAGCGGGACAGCUCGAGCCUGAACCUGAAUGCAUCUCAGCCUGAUCAAAACCUUGUGGCCCUGUCUCGAGAGCGACGAAGCCUAGAUGCUCUGGCAGCAGCAGAGACAGCUGUCCUGGCGGAGUGCAAGACACGGGAAGUGGUCUUCGAAAUCUCCCGCAACAUGGUGGACAGCACAAACGCCAACUUCGUGGUGUGGCCGCCCUGCGUGGAGGUGCAGCGCUGCUCCGGGUGUUGCAACAACCGCAACGUGCAGUGCCGCCCCACGCAGAUCCGUGUCCGGCACGUCCAGGUGAACAAGAUCGAAUUUGUCCAGAGGAAGCCAAAAUUCACAAAAGUCGUUGUGCCUUUGGAGGACCAUGUGCAGUGUCGGUGUGAAGCCGUGUUCCGACCACCCCCCAGGAACAUCCGUCCAGGGCCACGUGAACAGAGGCGCUUGUCCCCGGCAUUCACCACAGCCGCUGUCUCACAGAGGCGGCGAGUACGCCGGCCGCCGACACAGAAGAGGAAACAUAAGAAGUACAAGCAUGUCAACGAUAAGAAAGUGCUGAAAGAAAUCCUCAUAGCAUAGAAGUGCUGGCAGGGGAGAGAGAGCACAAGGCAGGUUUAUUUAAUAUAUUUGCUGUAUAGCCCCCAUGGGGUCCUUGGAAUGAUAACUUUUCCUCUCUGUCCAUCUGCCUCGACGUCUGAUUUAGACGGCAAUUGGUGCUUCCCUUUCCAUCAGUGGACCUUCUCCCACCAAAGCCUCCCUUUCAUUUAUUAGUACAAUUUUGAAGUUUUACACACACACACAAAAAAGGACAAGGAUGACCUACAUAUAUAUAAUAUAUGAGAAAAGAACAAAGUACAAAUAAAACCGUGAAUGCCAACAGCCACAACUUGCAAUGAGAACAGGACAAUUCCUUCCCUGCUACGAAGGACAGGAUGGAAAAUGUGAAAAGGAAAGCGGGUCCAAUUUCUUCUGAGAGAAGGAGAAAAACAGAUGGACAGAGGCCAGAAGGGGAAUAUUCUCCCUUUCUCUCAUGCUUCUGGUAAGGCUGGAAGGGCCCAGCUGAGAUCUGCUCUUGCAUUGGACCUACCUUUUGGCAACAGGCAAAUCUCAGAUUGCGAGCGGAGACCAAUGAUGGAAAAUGCACUAAGGACUUUUACCGGCCUACCCGGACAGAUAUAUAUUUUUAAUGUGCGUGUGUAUAUUUUAUUUUUAAAAAGAAAAACCAAAACCACUAAGGUAUACAACAUCUCGGGGAACAGAACAAAGAAGCAAAGAAACAAAACAAAGAAGCCAAAUGCAUUCCCCCACUCCCUCUUUCCCCUGCUCCUGGUGCUGACUGGAAGGUGUUUGGAUCGUGGGGAAGGAGCACAAGGUGGCAGAAUCGUCUCCACGCCCCCGGCCCCUGCCAAGGAGAGCCAUCUUUGCACAUGCUGGUGGAGAAUUCAACUUUCCAGGCUCGGACUCAAAUUAUUUUUUAAAUUCACUCGGGAUGUGUGCGUGUGUAUAUGUGUGUGUGUGUAUAUAUAUAUAUAUAUACGUGUGCAUGUGUGUGCGUGUGUAUGUGUAUUUAUACAUACAUAUAUAAAAAAAAAUAUAUAUAUGUU